GGUUCCCACUUUAUUCGUUUGCAAUUUGUUUUGAAGGUUGUUUCGUUGAGCCACGGCACUUCUCUGUGUGCGGAAAUUCGUAAGCGGGUUGGUGAGGGGUGGACCUGGCUAUGUGUAACAGAGCAUCCGAACAUGUAUUAUGAAUGUGUUUGUCGCAAGCUUGUUAAGGAAAGUGUCCGGGCAACAGCAGUACUUCCGAAUCCAGCCCAAGGACGUCAAAGUCCACGAAGGAGGGGAGGCCAUGUUGGAGUGUGAGGUGACCAACCAAGCGGGGCAGGUGCAAUGGACCAAGGAUGGCUUUGCUCUAGGUUUCAGCGCCGUCAUACCUGGGUUCCCACGGUAUUCAGUUGUUGGUGACAGUCGGAUUGGCGUGUAUAACCUUAGAAUUGUCAAUGCAUCACUAGAUGAUGAUGCAGAAUAUCAGUGUCAAGUUGGUCCAGCAAGGUUCAACAAGGCGAUUAGAGCCAACGCCCGGCUCAGCGUCAUAUCACCUCCGUCCUUCAUUGAGAUUGUCAAUCAUGCACCAAACUCCAAGAUUGAGAUCAGAGAAAACCAGGAAUAUCAAUUAGAAUGCCUAGUGAAGAACUCAAAGCCAGCGGCAAAAAUUAUUUGGUAUCGGGGAAAUGUGGAAUUGAAGUUGGACAAACGCGUAGACACGACGACAGAGGUGAAUGAACCGUCACCUUCUGGCAGGUAUGCUAAGCGUUACAACGUGCUUAGCCGCAUCAAACUACAGCCAACAUCAGAGGAUGAUUACGAAGACUACACGUGUGAAGCUCGGCAUGAGGCUCUGCCCCCUGACAUGCCCUUGCGUGUCACCGUACAACUCAGCGUUCUCUAUCCACCUGGUAUACCUUACAUCGAAGGUUACACCGAGGGAGAAACGAUUCGUCGUGGUCAGACGGUGGAGUUAACGUGUAAAUCUCGAGGUGGAAACCCUCCCGCACAGCUGAUCUGGUACAAAAAUGGCGAGCAGAUCCGUAUGGCAUAUCGCACGGCAGGGCGAGUCUCAGAGAACAUCUACACUUUCACGGCGGACGCUUCAGAUAAUAAAGCGAGGUACCGCUGUGAGGCCUCCAAUGUCAUGAGCCAAGGACCUCUUAAGACCGAGAUACAGCUCACUGUCCUCUUUGCCCCAGCUCAGGUUAGUAUCUCGGGUCCGACAGAGGCUCGGAUAGGCGAUUCGGUGCCCCUGGCGUGUACUACAGCAAACAGCAACCCACCUGCGGAGAUCAAGUGGCUUGUAGCUGGGAGACACGUUCGAAAUGCAACAAGUCGCACUGUCGUAUCUCCCGAAGGGGGAUGGAUCACGACAUCCAACAUAACCGCAGUUAUCGCGCCCAACAAGCGAUCGCUGGUUGUAAUAUGCCACGGAAUCAACAUGCAGCUGACGGAGAACAUUGUCAGCACGCACACCAUCAAUGUGCUCUAUCCACCGAGUCAACCAAUUAUUCAUGGCUACGCGGAAGCAACGAGUAUUGCAGUUGGCACAGUGCAGAAGAUAUCUUGUAUCUCAUCUGGUGGGAAUCCCCUUGCAACUCUCACGUGGUACAAGAAUGACAAAAAAAUCAACUCUGUGACUAAAGUAAAUGACAGAUCAGUGUCGGCAGAAGUGACGAUACUGGUGAACGUGACGGACAAUGAGGCGCGGUACAAGUGUGAAGCGUCCAACUCGGCAACUGAGAUCCCGCUCUUUGAGACGGUCACCCUCGACGUCCACUUUCCUCCGGACCACGUUGUAAUCCGGAAAGACCCCCCAGAGUUGAAGACCGGGACAAUGGCAACCCUGACCUGUGACUCCAGCUCGAGCAACCCGGAGGCUCGACUCAGCUGGUGGCGGGAGGGUAUCCCUGUACAAGGAGUCACCAAUGUAACGAAACCGGGGCUUCAUGGGGGCAGAGUGUCGAGCAUCGUGCUCUCCUUAGACAUCACGCCGGAGCUAAAUGGCAUCGUCUAUACGUGUCAGGCCACAAACGAGGCACUGCAGAGAAGUGUGCAUGAUGCCAUCACCUUGGAGGUCUUAUACAAGCCAAUAUUUUCUGACGUGCCAAUGGAGCAACAGACUGGCAUCGAAGGACAGCCAUUGGUUUUGCUACUACAGGCUGCAGGUAACCCCAGCAACAUUGCGUACACGUGGACUAAGGAUGGGAUAGACGCAGGGGAAGACCCACGAGUACUGGUAGAUGGUCCAGUCCUGAACAUCACAAAAUUGCGCAAGGAGGACUCUGGCAUAUAUAUAUGCGAAGCGGUCAACAGCGAGGGCUCCUCAUCUGUCAAGUUCAAUCUUACUGUGCAAUAUACUGCACUCAUUAAAGAUGCACCGCCAUUCGUAAUGGUGAGUCCAGGUGAGAAUGCGCAGCUAUACUGUACGGCAGAGGGUAACCCUCUUAGCGAAAGCCACGUCAGUUGGCGCCGAGAGGGCUUCAGCGACAGUGACAUGGAACAGCGUACCGAGCGCUCAUAUCGGAACGGCACCUCCUACCUCGUCGUCCAAACCCCGACCAGGGAGGACAAUGGAAAUUUCUUCUGUGUGGUCAACAACGGAAUUGGCAAUGAGACAACUAGACCAGUCUAUCUCGUAGUGAAAUACAAACCUGAGAUGGAUACGGCACCUCAGAUUGCGAAAGCUGCAAGUAAUAGUGGCGACACGGGUCGCCUAGUCUGCCGAGCAUCUGGCGCGCCAAAGUUGCGCUUCACGUGGUCUAGAGAAGGAGCCGCUAUCCCUGUGAACAUCACUGAGAAAUAUUAUAUUGACUUCCGUCAGGUUGACUUUGUGACGUACGAGUCAGUUCUGUUGGUUAAACACGUGCGACUAUCAGACUAUGGGGGUUAUGAGUGUGUGGUGAGGAAUGAGAUGGGGUUUGCGACCAAUACAGUAAGACUGGAAGUAACGUCUGCUCCAGAUCCCCCCACAUCUCUGAGCGUCCUCAAUGUCACCCAUGAUUCUGUGACGGUUGGAUGGGUUCCAGGAUUUGAUGGCGGCAUGGAACCAUCGUACAGGAUACGGUACAGACCUACAGCCACAUUUGGGGAAGGUUACCGGUACGUGGAUGUGAUCGGUAGCAACAUCACUACUUUUACAAUCACAAGGCUCAGCAUGGCAGCAGACUACACUAUUAGCAUAAUGUCAUUCAACAAGCUGGGAAGCAGCAAGUAUCUACCAGACACGCUACGCGCAAAGACGUCCAGUGAGCUCCCCCCUUCCUUCCACUCCCCGAGUCAGGAUGUAGAUUAUCAGUCGGGUGAGGAUGGCCGAAGCGGGAUAUCGGGCCUUGUCAUCGUAGUGGUGACGGUGGUGGGAAUGGCAGUGUUGAUGCUGAACGUGCUACUGAUUGGCUGCUGCCUCCAUCGGCGUGCCAACAAGCGUCUGACAGCAGCCAGUGAGCAGAGCAGUAGUAAGUCUGCCACCAUAGAGAUGUAUGCUCCGAGCAGUUACAAUGAGACUGUCACGGGUGAGACACUGAGUUCUGUGUCGGAAAAGAGUGAAAGUUACUCCAAUGGAGACAGUAACCAAGAGUACCUGGAGGAUGGAACAAAGCCAGCCGCAAGUACAUACCUCAUAGAUCAGAUGGAGUACCCAUACCCAUACCCAACAUACGAGAUGCAGCAUCAGCCAAAAGCUCACCAUGAGGAGCAGGACGUGAGGAAUACGUACAAUCAUGGUGUGGAUGGUGCCAAACUUCAUUACACUGCUGCUGGUAAUAUUGCAACAGCACAUCCUGUGGUGGAUGGACCAUACUACAACAUCUCGCCGGAUGCUCGCUACAUCCCAUACCCUCCACAGCUUGAGUUCAGCCAUUUGGGUCAGCUGGUGAUGCCCGGUACUGGUUCCUUGCGCCGCCCACAGCAUAGAGGCCCUGUUGUACCACCGCCUGAUGUGACCGUCUCCCACAAUCCUCCACCCCACUCUUCCCUGUCGACACAGCAGCAACAACAGCAGCAGCAGAAUGGCCCCACGGCACCGACCCCACUGCUGUCAACAUUCAAUCCUGCUCUCAGCUAUCCAGCCACCAUGGAGACAGAGGGCCACCUCGUGUGACUGAUGCUCAAGCCAGUGUGAGUGAGUGCUGUGAGCCAGGCAGUGUCUGGUGUGCGUAGCUUUGCUUCGAAGCCACAGGUCUUUGUGCUGGACUCGAGGGGUACAAUCCCUUCGGUCGUGAUUCUGAUCAAUAUGCUGUCAUUGUCACCAUUAUUUCUUAAGCGCGUUAAGUGAAAUCAAUCAGUUUUGUAAGCGUUUUCUCUUGUUCUGAUAUUAUUUUACAUUACCACUGUCCUGUCACAUAUUUCUGAAGCAAAGCUCUUCUACGUGUGAAUGGACAUAUUCAGAAAUCACACCUCAAACUAUCGGCUACUGAAGGAGAUCUGAAUCUCGAGGAGCUUAGAGAUACUGCUGAUUUUUGCACCAAUCUACUCCUUUGCGGCUAUGAAUAUUAUGCUAAACGUCAGUUGUGGUCUUCUGAAUUACGAUGCCUUGUGGUUGUGUAGUUGGUUACUGUUGUUUUAGAGGAACAUAUUCCCCCAUCUCUAGAGUUGAAGUGAGUCAAUAUCAUAGAGAAGAUGAGCAACUGGAAUAGAGGGAAGGAGACUGAGAAGCACUAAAAUGGGCAUAUUUUAAGGGAGAUUCUGAGAAGGGCCCUGUUUAGAACAGUGGGCUGAGAGAAGCCCUUUCAGGACCCUUCUGUAAACAUUCCUCCUUCUAAUACUUAUUUCUGUUACCUGCUGCUUUGUUUCCCACCUUUCUUAUUCUCUUGCCCUUUUAUUGCCACUUCUCUUAAUUUUCUUCCUUUCAUCCCCAUGGACUACCGUAUUCCCUUCUCGCCACAUACUGUCGCAUGGUGUCCUUCAACCUGUUGUUCCACCCUUUCUAGGGCCUCAGGACCUCUCAGUCACCUUUACCUUAAUUCUUUCUCCCCAUGGCGAUCCUCCCUUAUAAAUGACCCAUAUUCCCAGCUUGACCCACUUUAACCCUGAAAAUGGAGGUGUAACUAUUUACAAGACCUGAACUGACAUAAUCAGUAGCUUUACUUUUUGUUUGAAUAAUUCUGCUGAUGGUUUGUGGUUAUGUGCAAGAUCUCCAAACAUGUCAUAUGUUUUAUGGGAUUCGUUAUGAAAAAGGAUUAGUUGAAUAGGGCUUCCAUAUUUUAAAUACAUUGAUCAGAAUCAAACAGUUAAAGGAGCUGUGGUGUUUUGUUUCGAGUGUAUUUCAUACUCCUUAUUACAAUUACUUUUUUUUCAGUAAUUUGAGGCAUUAUAAAUUAUUGUGACAAAUAAUGCAAGCAGGAAACAAGCACCGAGGUUUGCCUGUUCUUGAAAUUAAACAGGUCCAAUUUCACACCUACAGUAAACUAUCCGCAAAAUUCAGUUUGCCCACUUUCCUGGAGUUGAGGCCCCAAAGUGUCCCAUAGCUUCUUAAAGAAACAGGUAGGGGUGGAAAUUAUGAGUUGUAAAACCAAACUUUCAUCACUAUUUAGCUUGUCCGAAGGGUGUGUGAUCCACCAUCACUUGAAACUUAGCCGGUUUCCUUCCUGUUUCUCGAUUAGCUGCAUCUGAUGCGUGGUGUUGAGUGGUAGGAUUCUUAUGAAUUAUGAAUUUGGGAGGAUGCGGGAGAAACUGUAAAAGUUUUUUAGUACUAGCUGAGCAUUUACUUGGUGGAAUUGAAUUUCGUGGAAGGAAUAAAAACAAUUCAGAGUAGCCUGUCUUUGAGCUAACUAUGAAGUCAGAACCUUUGAAAUAUGAUGGAAGAAUGUAAAUCACCGGUUUAUUCUUGGUUAGCAUGUAGAAUAUUCAGAGCUUUGCCUUUGUUGCUGUACUGAAGUCUGGAUUCUUUGACUCUGGAAUUCAGCAUGGUGACCAACUAUACAGACUGACAUUAUCUGAGGCUCUUUUUAUUUACGUUGGUAUAUGGAAUAUCCACAUUGUUCUGAAUUUUUUUUUCUGAGUCAUUUUUCAGUUCUUUUCCAUACAAUCUAUGCAAAUUACAAAGUGAGUUUAAACAAUUCAAGAAUCUGUCAGUCAAUAAAAUUCCAUUCUUCAGAUAUAUGCGGCAGUUGUCAUUCAAAAACUCUGUACGUAUUGUGACGUAAAAAGAAAGCGUAACAUAAAAUAUCAUAAUUUAAUCAUUAGCUUGUUUUUAAAUUGAGGUUUUGAUUAGAAUCUGAAGGUGGAGACAGGCUACCCUGAUUAUUGAGGAAUUUUGUGAGUUACCUCAGUCCCUCAAAUGCAGAGAGUAGCGUAGAAUGUCAUGACUUUCAAAAGUUUCUCAGUUUAUCAUUCAUAAUCAUUCUGCUAUUCAGUGGCACAUAACUUAAUGUUAAUGGUAAAAUAUGACCUUUCUUAUGUCUCCUUUGCGUCCCUUAUGUUUUUCUUUGGUUUCUGUGAAAGAAAUAAAGAAGACAAACAGUUGCUUGUUCCUUGCUCACUUAAAGUUUUGGCCAGGCACUGCCAGAGAACAUUAGAAAACUUCAUAAUCCGAUGCCAAAGUAAACCUAACGCCAACAAUGUACGAUAAGGCUUCCAUGCUGGGCGUUGCGACGUGGCAGCAGUUGUUCUGAUGCAGCACUUGUUUCAAGAUCUGCACUACGAUGUUGGAAAUGGUGCUAUUCUUCAGUGGGAGAGACUAGGGCUGCUUGUUGAUGUGUUUAGUCAUAACUAGUUGAUUAAUCAGGGAUUAAACAUAGGGCCUAAUAUGGGGAACCUCAUUCAGUAAGAAGUCAUCUCUCUCUUCAGUUGCUUGAUGCAGCCCUAGGGCUAAUACUCAUGUUACUUAACUACAGGUGAAAGUGACCGUCCUAAGUCUGAUGGAACAAACCAUCUUACUUGCCGGAACUCUGCAAGAGUGGAGUGUGUGUGUGUGCUGGUGUGUUGGGGAGGGGUUUUAUUAUGGGAAUGUCGCUCAAUGACCUUCUGAAAUGAUAGAAGCAGAAGAAUUUUUCAUGAAGACUGAAAAUAAAAAUUAAAAAAAAAAGAACGCAGUUUUUCCGUGUUAUUCAUAAUGUCUUUUGAUCUCAAUUUUCUUAUUUGUACUUACAAAUGUUAUUACUUGUCAACAUGGUGAUUGGCAGGCUGCCUGCCACUGCAUAGAUUUGUGGGGAGGGUGGGGAGCUCUGAGCAGCUCAAGCAUUUUCACUUUGCUCUGUCUGUGUAUAGUAAUGUUGUAGAGGGUCUAUUUUCUAUCGAUUUUUCAUAGCCACAGUGCAGCCAACUUGGCAAGUUACGUAGCAGCUUGGUAAGUUUGCUGUUAAGUAAGUUAUUCAUCUUAUUAUUAUUAUUAUUAUCAUUAUCAUUAUUAUUAUUAUUAAUAUAAUUGAUGUUGCAUUUUGUUGUAUUAUUUUACUGGCAUAAAUUAAACAACCAAAGAUUAUUAUAAACACGUGGGCUAAUAUAAAACAAUACCCAUCCGGACACAGGGCUCAACUGUAUGUAAUGGUAGUCCGUAACUGUAAUGCCAUAGUUGUCUGUGAAGAAUAUCUGCAAUUGUUGUAUUUAAGGUUUCUCAGUUAAAGAAGUUCACAGCCCUAAGUUUUGAUCGUAUUAAACAGCUGUUUAAUAAACAAGGCACACUGCAUUUAAUAGUUGGAAGGAUUGUAAUUAUAUAAAAUACGAUGUAUAUAAAGAUGUUGAUGUUAAUGGAAGUGACUUUUUAUAUUCGUCAAAUGUUAUUGUUCAAUAAUAUGGCAUAAUAAAUAUCUAGAAGAUUCGAGGAGCACACUUUGUGUGUCACUUAUGCUGUUUGUUUAUGCAGUGAAGUUUCAAAUGUGUUGGGCAGGUUAGUAUGUUGCCAGUUGGCCACUAUAGCAGAACUACAACUUUUGUUUAACAUCCAGUGCUCUUGUUGUUCAACAUAAUUUUACAAGAAACUGUUUGGGAUUGUGUUCUUUAAUUCCCAGUCAGAUGACACUGCUUUAGAACUGUCUUUUUAAUUGUCAUUCUGUUUGUUGUUCCCACAUUUUAAGUGUCAGUUGUUUUCAGUGAACUUGUAUAUCUAUUUCUUUAUCAUGCCAUGUACUUUAGAAUUGGUUAAACAGCCUUGAAGGAAAUCAUAAGGCUCCUAGUCAGUAUAAAGUUUAAUAUGGCAACUUAGUGCUUAACCCUCUGAUGUACUUAAAAGUUAGGUUAGGUUAGGUAGUAUACCUAACCUAACUUUUAACCGGUGAUGGGAAAUGUUGAGGCUGCAAUCUUAGCUUGGUUAUGAGGAGGAAAGGGGAAUUAUUAUCAGUGACAUGUACACUGAUGACAAAAUGUGAUUAUGUUACUCUGACUGAAAUUCUUGUGAUUUUUUAUACAAUGCACACUUCUCCAUAACAAAAAUAAUUGCAUUUAUUUUGUACCUGAAACAACAAUGCCUGCAGUCAUUUUCAUCUCAGCGAGAAAUGGAGGAUUCACUAUUGUUGCUGGAAUCAACAAUAUAAUUAAAGACAAUGAGCAUGUUGCACUGCAUCAUCCUCUGUACCAUCCUGAUUUAAAUUCUAUAAAAUUGGCUUGUUGAGAUAUAAAAUAUAUAGUAACGAAAGAAUGCACGUCUGUGAAUUUGGAGGAAAUAUAGAUGUUCUGCUGCUGAACACAAAAAAGAAAAAUGACAAAAAGGUGUCAGGCCAACAACCAGCCCAUCACUCCCAUCUACUCUCUGUGGAAGUUCUGCCCUCAGGGUACAGCACUAAGUUCCCACACUACAGUUCAGAUUGCUUUCAUUAAAAUACAUCCCCAUUUGCAAUGCAGAAAAUUAAAAGGCCUAAAGUUUUUAAAAUGAAGGGUUUAAUUGUUGGAAAGGUAUUGUGUUCAUGUUUUAUGAGAGCUUGUGAGCUUCUUUAACAUGUCAUAUGUAGAACGAUGUGUUAAUGGUGAAAGGACUGUACAUAAGCCACUGUAGGCCAUCUUUCCUCCUGACCCUUGAAAAUGCAGGCAUGUCUGUCUAGGUGGCACUUGAAUACAUGUUGGCAUGCUGUUUGUGGCCUUGGGACAGAAUUCAAAUGAGGAGUGUACUUUAUAUUAACGCUGCUUAUUGCUAAUCUGUUUUGUUGUAGGAGGGGAAGCAGUGGAGUUGAUCUUUUUCUUUCUUUCCUUUCCCUCACUCUCUGUUUUCUCUUCCUUUCAAUCUGUUAUUCUCUUUACCAUAUGUCUUGUUACCAUGAUAAUUGGGUAAUCCUCCAAAAGUCACAUACCCGCAUGGGGAAUCCUCCAUGAUGACGUGGCCAUAAAGCCAGACAGACACCCCUACCAUAUAACAGCCACUGACUCCAGAAAAAUCUGCGCCACUGUCUGCUUGUGUGGUCAGUGGUCCUUGAAAAAAUACCAAAAUUGUCAUGAUGUGCAUACAUUUUAUAACUACUUUUUUCAUUCUUUUAUUCUUCUUUUUUGUUGUUUUUUCAUUUUCUCCUUCAUUCACCUUUAUCUAAUUAUUUCCUCUCUGCCUUUCAAGAAAGAAUGGGUCUAAAUGUUCAUGUGUGGACAAACGGAUAUAAAUGCAUGACAGCUUCUUUCUUUGGGGACAAGUUAAGGAAAAAUGAAAUAAAAUGGAACAGUUAUGUAGACCAGAGGCAGCAAGGGCUAGACAUGAUAGUGACAUGAUGAAAUAGGCAGCUUGAUGAUUACGGACCCUCGUGUUACCAUUUCUGUCUCUCCAGGACUAGAAGGCACACAAACAGCCACGUUUGUAUCAGCAAAAGAUGUAAUGAAGUCAGUACUAGACUGUCACAAUUUUAUGGAACACUUUGCCUAUUUAAUCUUUACUAAGCACCUUACUGUUAUGUUUGUUUCAGAGGAAUGUGCCUCUUAUUAUGCAUAAAAUUGUGCUAGUCUGAAAUAAAAACCACUGACAACCGUUCCCUUUACUUGUUAGAAUGAAUCAAGGCAAGGCGCAUACAGCCAUGUAAAACUUGGAAAGAGUCUGUGGCUCUGUAAUAUUGUUAAAGGUACAGUUUAUCUUAUGCAGACUCUGCAUAUGAGUUGUAUCAAACCAUUUCUCCAUUCUGGCUAUAUGCUGUGCUAUGCUGUCAACAAAAAAUAAAUGCAAGUGUCUUUAUUUUGCUUUGCUAAGCAGAUAAUCACGGUGCAUAUGUGUGCUGUCGACAAUGAUUUGCUCAAUGUAGAGCAGAUGAAUGCAUAAUAUAAACCACCUGUCAUGCAGACUUCAUGAUGCAUAUGCACGAAAGAUAUACUGUAACUUAUGUUGUUUAUACAGACUUUUUCAUCGCAGUAGAAAAAUGGUUCCCAAAUUGUAGUUAGUGAAUUCCUUGAUACUAUGCAAAACGUUUUGCAGGAUUCACUGGAAAGAAAUGCACAGUGGCUUUAUUUUGUACGUGAAUGUAGUGGUACUGUAUUCUAGGUAUUUGAAUUGCACAGCAAUACCAUUUUUCUUUACUUCAGAAUGUUAAUGAUCUGUGAAACGUUGUGAAGGUUCAUCUGAGUGAUAAUGGUAAGAUAAAAUUGGUAUGUGGCUGGAGUGAUAAUGGACAAGGGACAAAUUGUCAUAAGAUGAAUCUUAUUGAGGAGAUUAUCACAAUUUUUUUUUAUUUUUCUAACAAGUGGUGUGUGUACUAAUAAAAUUUGGGAACCAUUGUAUUAGAAGACAAUGGCUUUUAUUUCUGUUGUAUUUGAUACUGUGCAGUGCAGUUUGAUUGAGUUGCGCCCUCAGCAGUCUAUAUGUUUGUUGAUUUGAACUGUCGUGUAAAACUGUAUGUCAGGUGUGAAGCUACUUCUCAAGUCAACAUAGCUUAAUUAGCAGUCUCAACAAAAAAAAACUUGACAUGGCCACAUUUUGAUUCAUAUGUGUCUGUUCCAAAAAUAAAUUAUUAGCUUCAGUCUCUGGGCAUGCAAAAAAUGUUCACGUACUGAUUCAUGCAGAUACGCAGAAGAAGGAAAUCCCAAGAUUUAAAAAUAAUGUGAUAUCAAAUUAAAUUUACUUCAAAAUUUGUUGAAGUAUUCAUCAAAAUAGCUAAUGAUGAGAUUUGUCAUUAGGGGCUACAGUUGAGAAUAAUUGUUGCCAUUCUCAAACUGCUGGUCAUGCUUAAAAUAACAUUGGCAAUGUUUAUGAGCUGUUGUCGCUGUACUUGACGAUAACUGUGGCCACAUGUGAGAAUUGAUGUUGUCAUAAUAUUGAGAACUGCUGUGGUCAUACUAGACAGUAAUUGUGGUCAUACUUCAGAAUCAUUUUAGAAAUGUUUAUGAAUUGCUGUGGCCACAGUUGGGAAUCACCAGGACUCCAAAAUGCUCAUGGUAAUAUUUUGUGUUUUUAAUGUUUGGUAGCGACUUGCUGGAAGAUGUAAUAAUGUUGUUUUGUAUUCAGAGACCACCUGAACACAUGUGUCUGAAGAAACUGGAGUGCCUUGUAGUUACUGGCUUUGAGGAAUAUGAUCAUGCUCAAUAAAAAUUAAAGCAAGUUGAAGUGUACCAACUGAGUGUAGGUCCUGGUUCAAAUGAAGAAGUCAUGAACUUUAUUUAUGUUACAGUGAUACAAACAUACAAGAGAGUCAAACCACUGCUGUGCUCAUUUUACAAGGUACAUGAUUAGUUUGUUAUUUUACGAUGCUGCACCGUGUAGUGUCAAGUCUGAUAUGCAUAUUUUCAGACGUUGCUGUGUGGCACAUAAAGGACAUAGAGGUAACUAAAGAAUCAAAUCUGUGGUGUAGGGUUCUGUUACAGUUAUUACACAGCUGGUUACAAAAGUUAUUGUUUUUAUGGAAUCUGAAUUUUCAGUAUUCACAGAAGCCCACAACUGGACCAUAUUAGAGCUUACUCUAUUUGGAUUAUCGAGUUUCUGGACUAUGUCCAUUGUCUGGUAUUUUAAGAAAAUAUUUCAAAAACUGGAUUUGUUUUCAUCCUCAGGUGCAGGGUAGAGGGGCACCUGAGAACAAAAACAGAUACAGUUUUUAAAAGUGUUUAUUUGUUUAUUUUUAUAUAUAGAAUACCAGAUGAUGGACAAAGUCCAAAAACUCAGUAAUCAAGAUUGUAAUGUACGAUUGUCAGAACCCUUAGGAAUUGACCUAUUCUAUUGAUAUUGAUUUUUGCAACCUAUUCCUCUAAAAUAUAAUUUAACACAUUCACUGCCAUGUAGCCCAGUUUGGAUUUAAAUUCCCUAUGCCAACAAUUUUUCACUGUGGGGAUCUGUUUAACAUGAGCAGAAAAAACUAUUUGAAGUAAACUGCAUGAAAUUUUCUGGUUACCUUUAAUACUGCUUUAGAGUGUGAUAUGAUUUCUUGUAUAGUUAUUCACUUCCAUAUAGAUGUUUCACUUUUCCACACUUUCAUCAGUCAUCUUUAUACAUGUGAGGCAACCACAUGUUUACAAAGUAAUAGGAACUUAUUUUGUGACAGAAUAUCACUUGUAAAUACAUAAAUCAGUACAUCAAAGCUUCCAUUAUCAUCUGUGAAAGUCUGAAUGCUUUUAGUGACAGCUACAGGAGAUUUCAGAAACUGUGUGUAUAAUAGCACUAAAUGUCGGUGGAUAUUUUUUGUAGUGUGAGAUGAUGAAAAUGUCAUUUGAUGUAUUUGGCAGAAUAUUUCAUAAUUUCCAUUUUCUCGAUACAGCAGUGGGAACUUGUAUGAACCUGCAUUUAUAUCGACAAAAUAUAGUUUUCUUCUUGUCAUGAUGGCACAGACUUAGAGGAAUAAAACUGAAGAGUUAAUUCUGGAGUUUUGACUCUGAUGAAGCUGUCUUAUCUAACAGGGAAGAAGAAGACACUGACAAUGAGUGAUGAUAAUGUGACUGGAAGCCAAGAUAACAUUUGGUCAAAACCAUAAUGCCCGUGGAAUGUUGGCACCAAUCAGUGGACUGAACAUAACCACCCACUGUGAACAAGGGUUUUCUUUGCCAGUUACAGCCCUUUUUCUCAUCUUCAUCGAUCAGUUCUGACUGUUGUUGGCAGAGACUAAUAAAUAUUAUAACCAAUAUUUAGGCCGACCAGAUAGUGACAACGUAUGCUCAUGACUUCCUCAUGUGAACGUGCUGGAUAUUGUGUAUUUUUGGUUUAUAUUAUACUAAUUGUACAUGACAAGCAGGAUACAUUGGAAGACUUCUGGUUCACUCCUAAACAGUUCUUUACAUUUUAUGGAAUGUGAUUGACUUCCUCAUGUGCUGACAGCAAACGUGAAAACUUUUACUAGGACAGUGGCAUUGGCCAUAAACUUUACAUAGACAUUUCUUCCUCCUCUCUGAAUUUAUUUUAAGGCCAGAAGACAAGAGCUAAACUUUUGUGAAACUGUCAGACAAGGACUUUAAAGGAAUGCCAGGGAACUUUGACAGUAAGACACUAAAAUUAAAAUGGGGUGACACACAUGCUAUAGUUAGAGGCGUCUUGACAGUAGUGACUUGGAAAGACAAGCGAGAUGUGUGCAUAUUGAUAAAUAUGCAUAAACCACCAGCAGAACACAACUUAUAUGAUGAAUGUGGGUAAGUUCACAAACCUGCUACUGCUGAAGACUACUGUCAGCACAUGCGCUAUGUCAGCAAAGGGGACAGAAUGGCUAAUACCUGUUUAUUUUGUCAAUAGGACAUGGUAGUGGGGAAGGAAAUUAUUUUUUCACCUGUUGGAUCUAACAGUAUUGAAUAAUUUAUCAUUAUAACAUCCAGCAGUAUCCAAAUAGACCAGUGAAAAUUUUAUCUGACUUUUGUUCAAAAUUUGUUAGAAAUAAGUGCAAGGGAGCAUCAGCUUCAAUCCAACCCAUUCCAAUGAAAUGAGUUGCCAUGAAGCUUGACACACUGGACAUUAGCCAAGUGUAGGAUCAUGUUUGCAGUUAUUUGUGUGUUCGCCAAAGGAGAAAAGAGUGACUACAAAAUUUCUGUGCUGCAAAUACAAAGUUGGCUUAUAUAUAGACCCAUAUUUUCAUAUUUUCCAUACAAAAGUAAACUACAUUCGUCUUCCAUUACAAUGUGGAAAGAACAUUUACUAUAAUAAAACUACUGUUCAUUUUGAUUUAUAUAUUCUGCAUUUAAUUUUGUUUCAAAAUCUAUCACCAUUUUUUUUAGAAAAAUAAUAUUGAACUAUUAAAAUAAAGCGCUAUAGAAGUGUA